UAUAGAGAGAGAGACAGAGAGAGAGGAGAGAGAGAGAGAGAGAGUGAGAGAGAGAGAGCGCAGCUCACCGGCCCAUUGAGGAAAGAUGGCUACAGUCACUGCAAACGGAGUGCAGCAAGAGAAUGGAUUCAGCACCACGAACAGCGCCGGCAGGAUGAACGGGCUUACCAUCGGCCAGAACACCAUUCCAAUGAAGGACCACGACGCCAUCAAGCUUUUCAUCGGGCAGAUUCCCAGAAACCUGGAGGAAAAAGACCUGAAACCCCUGUUUGAGGAAUUCGGAAAGAUAUACGAACUCACUGUACUGAAAGACAGAUUUACGGGAAUGCAUAAAGGAUGUGCCUUUCUAACAUACUGCGCCAGAGAGUCAGCACUGAAGGCCCAGAGCGCCCUCCAUGAACAGAAGACUCUGCCAGGGAUGAACCGACCCAUCCAGGUAAAGCCAGCCGACAGCGAAGGACGAGGAGAAGACAGGAAGCUGUUUGUCGGAAUGCUUGGCAAGCAGCAGAGCGAGGACGACGUCCGGCGGCUGUUCGAGACCUUCGGCCAGAUCGAGGAGUGCACCGUCCUGCGAGGGCCUGAUGGGGCCAGUAAGGGCUGCGCCUUUGUCAAGUUCUCCAGCCACGCAGAAGCGCAGGCCGCCAUCAACAGCCUGCAUGGUGGACAGACUAUGCCUGGUGCCUCGUCCAGUCUGGUGGUCAAAUUUGCAGACACUGAUAAGGAGAGGACCCUGCGCAGGAUGCACCAGAUGGCAGGCCAGCUUGGCAUCUUCAGUCCCAUGACCAUCCAGUUUGGGGCCUAUGGCGCCUACUCUCAUGCUGUAAGUCUCAGCCCGGCGGGGGAGGAGACGCAGAUGAUGCAACAGCAAGCAGCCCUGAUGGCAGCAACACAAGGGUCUUACCUGAACCCCAUGGCAGCCAUUGCUGCUGCGCAAAUGCAGCAAAUGGCAGCUUUCAAUGUCAACGGCCUGGUGGCUACUCCCAUGACACCGUCCUCAGGCACCAGCACACCCCCUGGCAUCUCUGCCUCAGCCGUGUCCAGCUUAGGCACCCCUAUCGGGGUCAACGGAUUCAGUGCCCUUCCUCCUCAAAGCAACGGGCACCCCACCUCUGAGGCCAUCUACACCAAUGGUAUUCACCCUUACCCAGCACAGAGUCCAACAGUGGCCGACCCUCUCCAACAGGCUUAUGCUGGCGUCCAACACUACGCAGCAGCCUACCCUGCCGCCUAUGCGCCAAUCAGCCAAGCGUUCCCCCAGCAACCAACCAUCAUUCCCCAGCAACAGAGGGAAGGGCCAGAAGGUUGCAACCUGUUUAUUUAUCACCUGCCCCAGGAGUUUGGAGAUGCGGAGCUCAUGCAAAUGUUCCUGCCUUUUGGCAACGUCAUCUCGGCCAAAGUCUUUGUGGACCGAGCGACCAAUCAGAGCAAAUGUUUCGGCUUUGUGAGUUUUGAUAACCCGUCCAGUGCUCAAGCCGCAAUCCAGGCCAUGAACGGCUUUCAGAUAGGCAUGAAGAGGCUGAAGGUGCAGCUAAAGCGGCCAAAGGAUGCCAACCGACCUUACUGACUCGUCUGCUGUCCGUACCCAGGAUGAAGGGCCACAACACCUUAUUUCCACAAGUGCAGUAAAAGUACAAAGACUUCUUGCUCUGCUACAUAUCAUGAAGGAAGGGUGGCCCCUUGAUCCAGCUGGAAACCCGCUGAAAGAUUGGGUGACUGAGAGAGGGAUCCCAGAGUUUUGUUUUUUUCUUCUUUCUUCGCAAAUGCCUUUUUUUCCCUUUUUUGCUUCUGCGUCUGUGGAAGAAGAUAUUUUGCAGAGACCAACUUUUUGCUGCUGUUUUUUAGACAUGAUGGGGAAAAAAAACCUUUAUAGACUCAUUAUGCUCAAAGCAUGCAUACUGACACAAGAUAUAGAUAAACACACAUCAACACAGAUAACAAAACAAAAACACACAUUUAAAGAUGCUACACUUAAAAACGAAAAAUGAAAAAAAAAAAUACUUUGUACAUGUAUAAAUACGUGCAAAUGCCAACUCAAGUACUGACCCAAACACAUUCAUGUGCGUACAAACACAUACACACAAACACACACACCAGCCUGCUGCCAUUUUGGUUUUUGUGCCUACACAGGUGUUGUGCUCUGUGACAGGGCAAGCUCUGGAUCAAAGAAGAAAAUGAGAAACAGAAAAGAAGAGGAAGAGAAGAGAAGAGAAGCGAAGAGGAGAAUCCAGGAUAAUUUACAUGCAUCAUUCCUUAGGAAAUAGGGACCAAAGGACUAAACGCUUUUUAAAAGAAUAUAAAUAUAUAAAUAUAUAAAUAUAUAUUUAAAAAAACUCAUACCUUGUAGCUGCAAGUAUUACAAUUUACUCGUAGUAAAAAAAAAAAAAAUCAUUAAAUCAAUAUCCAGUGGCCUACUGUAAUUAUGAAUAAAAGAAAAUGGAAAUAAUGUAUAAAAAAAAGACAUGGCAUCGUAGUAUAAGGGGUGAUCUUUUGCUCUGGAUGCUGAUUUAGCACCCGGUUGUAGAUUAGUAAAGUAGAUUAGAAAAAAAUGUAGAUUUGCUAACUUUUGCUGUUGUUUAAAAAAAAUAAUACUUGAAGUCGUAAUGAAAAGUGGGCAAAGGGGGCAAAGGUUGAGGGUGGGUGUGGGGUGGUAUUCAUCUGCCCCUGUACGCAACGAGUCUCUUUUUCUUGGACGUUAAGGUGCCACUGGAUAUCUCGCUCAUCAUGAUGUAUAAGUCACCGCACUCUCUGACAGCUAUGAACAGACUGUUCUGGAAGAAGAAAAAAAAUGAAGAAAAGACAGAACUUGCUAAUGUCUGUGCUGGACAGGGUGCAGACGUUUAAGGCUUCUCAGUAGCCUUUGUGUUCAAGCGACAAUCCACUGUAAAGACCAAGCAAAAUGGACAUGGGGAGUCUUUUGAGUUUUUUUCUUGACCUUUUGUAUUGCAACAAGGAGUGUGAAUUAUGAAGCCACAAAUUGUUUGAAAGAGUGACGGUUCUACUAAGAGAGAUGGACAAAUGGAUGGUCAUGAGGGCAAAAGAAAGGGAGGAGUAUGGUGACAGCUACUGAAACUGCCAGCAGAAUGAACUCAGCAUAUAAAUAAAGUGGCCCUUAUGGCGUUGGAAUUCUGUCAAAAACAAAGUAUUCACGUUGUAAACAACCAGAACUUAUUUAAGUGACAUGCCAAGGAUAUGUGUGUCCACUGGAGCAGCUGCAAAACCCCAGAUUGAGAAAAAUUGCCUCUUGUCUCUUGGGUAGAUACAAACAAACACUUCUUUGAAGACAAACUCGAUUUACUGUAUUGAUGACAACGCAGUGCAGGCUUUCAGAGCUUAUCUAGCUCUAUCAAAUAUAAUGUUAAUUCCACUAUUAACAUGCCUGCUUUCUUCAUAUAUUAUACAUAAAGCGUAUGGAGUAAAAAAAAAAAGGCUCUGUUUAAACAGACUGUCUAAAUUAGAUCUAACAGUCACCCUUAACUAUCAUUCAGCAUGCUUGUAGCUUCUCUGACACUGACGCCAGACAGGACAGAGUAAAGCACUCCAAUACUGUCAUGUCUUGAUUUAGAGUCCUGUAGCCUUUAUUUUGACCGUUUCAGAGCUCUGGAUGCAGCCUCUUCUAUAAAAGCAGAUUAAUAUGUUUGGAAUGAGCUUAGUGAGAGGAGCGAUACUGUAUCAGUCACUCUGAACACUUCCCAAUUUUCUCUGUUGAACACCAGCUCAUAUCCGUACACCAGCUCUUUGAGCACUGGCAGCUGGCGGUAAGAGGCAUGGCUUGGAAAGAAGGAGAGAGGGAGGUAAAGGGAGGAAGUCAACACCCAAACACGGCAUUGAGAUCCUUUAAAUUGAUGCUUCUACAGUAGGAUGAUGGCCAAUGACUUAAUCCAGAAAAUUAGAAGCUGUAAUCAAGCUCCUGGUGACAAACACUAUGUAUCUGUGUGAGAUGCUUUCAAAAAACAGGAUUAAAGGGUUAAAAUAUACUGGGGUCUGGUAAUUUAGGCUCCGGUCGAACCAGUUCCUGUUUACUGCUGUCCCCUCCCUCUUUCUCUGGCUUUCUUUAGAGAGAAAAGCAGAGCAGACCUAUAUUUCAAAUCACUGAAGGAGGGACUGAUAAAAUGUGCCGGCAGUUUAUUCACCGCACUACAAUUUAUUUAUAAUUUAAAUAAGCAGGAGGUCUGGAUUUGAUAUCAAGAGUGCCAUGUAUCCCCUCUCUCCCCUGUCCUAAGAGCAGCGAUGCCUUUCCAAACCUCAGCUCAACUGUUCAGCAGCUCUCCCCCCUGGAACGGCAUUUUCAAACCUGGCUAAUGUCUGUACUCACCAGCCUUCAAUUAUCGCCUGCACCGUAUUAGACAUGCUAUUUCACCUUUCCCUCUAAUCACACUGUAAUCACCAGCCUCCAUACAUUAGCAGCAACCAAGUGAAAAAUCACAGCGAUAAUCACUUGGACCAAAUGACGGAAGAGAUGGUCCCCUGAAUGCACAUGGAUGACAGAAGGAAGAUUAGAGAGAAUUAUGUUUGUCCCUACUCCCUGGCAAGGCUGCUGACAGCUGACCUGGCACCAAUAAUACUGUUGAAUUUACCCGAAGAGGCGAUAGAGGAUGUGGGAUAAAACCUUCCAUAUCAUAGCGUGGUGUUAAUAUUACAAAGCAGAUUGACAUUCCCCAAAAUUCAAAGAGAAAAAGGUAUGAAACAGUUUUUUCUUUUGCACAAACGUUGCGACAGUAGUUGCUUAAAGUUGGGUCCAAACCAACAAUUUUGCUGGAAAUCCUGAAUUCCGUAGAAGCAGCUGCAUUGAGGCCUAUGUUAUUGUGCUUCUUCUUUCAGCAUGUAAUUGAGUCUCAAUUACUUCUUGAGAAGCCACAAUUUUUUACAAAAUAAAAGUACAAUCCUUUCUUUCUCUUGCUUGUAUCCCUGCUGGGACACCUGCAGACCACAGUACUGUGGAUUUAGAAUAUUUGUGAGGCACGGUAGUUCUUCAGAUUCAAUUCAGAUUCAGAUGGCCAUGAAAAAUGACAGAUUCUUUUGAUUUUUUUAAUUAAAUUGCCUUCAAAUAAACGUAGCCCUGUCCUCCCUCAAAAACCCUUGAUCAGAUGUUAGUUACAAAUGCAGAAAGCUACAUGAAUUGUUUUGAAGUGAAGCAGGUCAAAACAAAACCAUGUUCUGCAAACCGCUUAUGCUCAUUAUUCACGUGAAGCUGAACUAAUCGAUGGGAAAUCUAAUGUUCCAUGAGCAAUGAAAUUUCCUGUGCUUGUCUCUACCAUCUUUAGAAUACCUUCUGCAAGUGAGGCUCUGUCAGGCUGAACAUGGACCUUGUCUUAUAUCAGAUGCUGUGCUAGUUCCCACUGCUAAUGGCAGGUUGAGUCCCCAGUGAGCCCAAACCCAGCCUAUAGCCUGGAUAUCCUGCUGUCUGCUUGGCUUACAGUGCAGUGUUCAUGUAGCUUCUCUGCUAUGCCAGGGCUAAAUUAGGCAACGUGAAAUCAGCACUUCAACACUUUUAACAAGGGUGCUGUUAUUACUUUUACACCCAGGGGAGGUUGUUACUGAAGGGAAGUGCAUUAAAAACAGAAAUAGCUGUGAAACAUGCUUCGGAGCUACAAAAACAAUGUUUUUUAGAUCUUUCCAUUCCCCCAAUUAUUGACACAAGUCUCUGUCUGCCCAGCUCACAGCCUCGGUCUUGUCUGGUUAUAGCCCAGGCCAUGUUUCACCUCUAAGAGCCAUGAUAAAUGUGUACCCAGCAGGCACUCGGCAAGCUGCUGCCAAAAUGUUAUUCGAUUUUUGUCCUCUAAUUUACAAAUAGAAAAUGUAACUUGACAUUUUAGCCUAAAACAAUUAGCAUGAAUCUAAUUAAUUGUGAGAGUAUAGCAUUUAGCACGUCAGGCAAAACCUACAAGGCAAAGUCAAACAUUAUGUCCAAAUCCCCAGAGGCAUAUGGAUUAUCUUCUCUGUGGCCAUACAACUACCUUUAUUUAUCAUCUCCCAAUCAGUGGUUUAGUGCACAAGUAUAACCAGUUCUCUUACAGUGAGUAUGUAGACCACUUGCUUCUCUGCCACUGAUGCAUGUACUCACUCUGACCCUGCAUCAUUAAAUGAGAAUGGGGGGGAUAUGGACAUAGUAUACAUAUAUAUCCUCAGUUGCCAGUACACGACUGCUCAUGAGAUUGGUCUAGAGGAGCAUGUAUCCUUAGAGGGCCCCAGCCAAUGGCGGGCUGCGCAGAGAACUGCUAGAGCAUGUCUAUGAGUCUCCAACCCCCUGGGUGCGUAACACUCACCCUAAAAUAGCAGUAAUUGUCAAGGAAAGGAAGUGAAAUGUAAUUGACUGAAAGUGGAGAGAUAAUUAAAGGAACCUGUUGGACAGGAGGGAAGAAAUUAAUGCCUCUCAUUUAAUAGCUGCUUUGGGAGGGAGCUUUUCCGUCAUCUCACUUUAGCAUAGAGUGGGUUUUGCUGUGGAAAUGGGAUUUUGCAUGGAAAAAGGUGGAGGUGGAAAUGGGCACUGGGUGGUGGGGGUGCUGUGUGCUUAACUGAAACUCCACAAAAUCACUCCCAAUACUCAGGGCAUCAGGCGCUAUGAUGUCAUGAUUAGUGGAGAGGUUCAGAGCCUUGCCUUACCCGUGAUCCUGAGGGAGGUCGAGCAGAAUCACUAAUAUGAGGUCAGUGCUGUAAGAUCGGGUCCCAUCGCGGGGGAGUGCCAAGCCAGCAGAAGGGCUGAUGAACCACCUAAAUAGUGCUUCGGAUUUAUGGUAUCACCACCCAAUUCCAACAAGUAACAAACAAACAAACAAAAAUGAUGCCAUCUUCCACCCAACGUCACACAGUGAAUCUCUGGUGGUGUGAAAUUAUGUUCAACAACAUGGCUGACAGUGAUGAAGACAAAGACUUUUUUAUUCCUCCAUGUAAAUAGCCUAUAAAAUGAAAAAAAAAAAAAAAACAGUGGAAGGCUGUAUAGCAGCUUGUUUUGAGAAGCCCCAACUCUGUGGGACAAUGAUGUCACUAUAAAAUGUAUCCACAGCAGUGCAGGGAUCUAGGAGAGUUUUAGUUCUUUUAAGCCCCUUAAGUUUGGGCUCUGAACAUGCAUCCUACAACCCUAAGCGUCGGACCAAGGCUUAGAGUAUUUGACUUAGUGUCAAACUUAAGCCACGGCCCCGAAGUGAUCCGUUAAUUAAGAUUCUGUGUACACCGAUUUGUCAUGAUUUUUCUGACAGAAGAAAGAUCGCCUGUGCGGUAAUUGGAUUAGUCCAAUUGGGGCUGAUGAACAGAUAUGACAGUGACAGUAGAGUUCAUCCAUCUGCAUGCUUACCGCUUGACAGUACAACACAAAAAAAAAGAGAAAAGAAAAGCCACCACGACACUUUUUAAAAGUCUUUCAAAGUGAAAGUUUUGGCUUUACAACAUUUAAAGAAGUUAGUUUUGCAAAAAGAAUCUCCACGUUUGUUCAACAUGUACAUAAGUCAUUUUGGAAUCAAACAUGUAAUACACAUGGUGGAACCCACAUGUACGUGGUUAGGGUGAGAUCGGGGGAAGGGGAGGAACAAGAGAGCAAUUGUUGGAGAACCCAGCAGAACCCCCUGCCAGCUUGACCCAAUCUGCCACAGCUCUCCUGACCACACAGCUGCGUUACUCCUGUACAUACAAUAUAGCUUAUUUUUCAAUUCUGUUGAACCUUCUUUAUAGGCCGUACGUUAGAUCAUGUUCAAACAUUUAAAAAAUUUAAAGAAUUGUUAAUAUAUUUCAGUGAAACUAAGAGAGGGAACCUAUGAAAUAAUUUAUCCAAAACAGAAGAUGAAAUGAUGUUAUUUCUUAUUUAGUGAAGCACUGCUGUUCAAAAUGGGAUUUUAUACUCAUGUUGGUAAAUUAUUCUUUAUUAUCUCAUUCCCUUUGGUAUUAUCUGCUGAAGCUGGGAUAGACCCAUUGUCAUGAGGUUUAUUCGGAUAUACUUUGAUCAUUUUUUUGUUUCCUGAAAGUUCUUAAAUCAAUACAAAACUGAUCAAUUAAAAACUGCACUGUAAAAGGAUGAUUGUUGGUACCGGUCAUAUGGAUUCAGAAAAAUAACUCUAUUGCACAACUGAGUUAACAUGGAUUAGCAUUGCAUGUUCAAAAUGAGUCUCAUUUGAGGCCUUUUGUUGUUUUAAGGGGAAAAACAGCAUACAAAAACAAAAAAACAUCAAACUUUGCAGUCAGAUUGGUUUUGAGAACGAUGCUGUCAUACCUCAGUUUUUAAGCCAUGGAUGGUUUCCUCUAAUGUUUUUCUUCUUGUCUUUCUCUGUCACAUUGUAACUGUGUUGUUUCUUUUGAUUUGUUUGUUAGAAGGGUUGGUGGUAAUCAUUAACAUAUCUCUGAUUUUUAUCUUCUCUGUUGUUACCUAUGGGAAGCCUCCACAGUUUGUUAUCUAAUGUGACUCGAUCCACUGAAGACUUUGUACCAACAGUAGACAGUGCCACAUUGCUUUACUCCGGUCAGGUUGAUUUGUUAAUGUGAGGAGGGAAUUCUGCCUUAAACCCAGCCUGUUCUCUCUGACAGUACUACCUGUGAGCAGUGGUCAUAUACUGUACACUCUUUUCUGGGGAUGCCAAAUGUUCUAUCUUCAAAGGUAAACAAACAAUCUGUUGUCAAGAAAAACACUUUGCCAGAGUCAGUUUUGCCUCAAGCCCAUUCUGACACAAAUAAGGACGUGGUCAUCCACCUCCAUUUCCAUUGGUUACAAGGACCAAAAUGUAAACAAACUCAGAUAACUGAGCAGUUUGCUCCAAUCAAGCAUUCAAUGAGAGCCUUUAAAGAAUCCACAUUUAGUCAUAGGUGAUUUUGCACCAUGUGUCUUUGUAUCAUGAAUCAUUACAUUCCCAGCUUCACUAUCUAAUUUCAUCCUGUUCAUUUGUUCCCAUGCAAAAUGAAUUAAUCAUGAUAUAUUUGGGUAUUUAUAUUCACAAUGAAUGGAAUUAAUCAUUUAUUUUAUUAUUUGACUUGAACAAACUGUUUUCUUUUUGUGUCGAACAGAGAUGUAAUUUGAAAUAGUGUUGGCGCGGAUCCGUUUCCCUGAUUCGGGGUGAUACCUCCCAUAGUGCUCCUGAACUCUGUAGUUCUCUAGUUCAUUAUAUUCUGCUUAGACUAAAAUAAAGCACAGUCCUGUAGAAGA